CAUUUUCCACGUAGCCCUGUCAUCAGAGUUUAGGUUAGGGCCGACGUGUUAAUGCAUGGGAAGUCCACGUGUCAUAUCGGACACGGAGGCCCAAUCCAAAAACUAAGGAAAAAAGUUAGGAAGCCCGAAUAGCAAAACUUGGGGAGAAGAAACGGGAAAUUAACAGGAAUGGCUCAGAAACAACAACCAGAGAUGCCACGCGAUCCGAUCAAAUGCCACGACGUUUUCAACGUCUCAGACCCGGAGAUCGCUGAUGACCCACCAGUCACAGCCGGAGAUGCAGCCACGGUUCAGACCACCGAUGUACAGAAGACCCUGACAGGCAGUUCGGCCUCGACCAUGCCAUCAUCUCCGGCCAACUUCAACAACCGAGCCACGACCGAGUCGAUCCGUGAACAGGCUAUGGGGAAAUUCGUGGAUCCGGCGGAAGAGGAGGAAGAUCCGGAGGGCACGGCGGGAGGAGACACAGUGACGAUAGGGGAGGCGUUGGAAGCGGCUGCUAUAUCGAUCGGCGAUAAGCCGGUGGACCGUAAGGACGCCGCAGCUAUUCAUACGGCCGAAACUAUAGUCACCGGUGGCAAGACUGUGCCAGGUGGAGUUGCAGCCGCAGCUGAGGCUGCCGCCGCUAUGAACGAGAUGAACGUGGAGAGCAAAGUCACGAUAGCCGACGUUCUAACAGAUGCGAUGGAUAAGCUUCCAAGGGACAAGGAAGUAACGGGAGAGGAUGCGGAAGCAGUGGUCGGGGCGGAACUGAGGAACAGCCCCGAGAUGAAGACCACACCCGGCGGAGUGGCUGAUUCCAUGUCGGCUGGGGCAAGACUUAACCGACAGGUUUCAUAGAUGAGAGAUCUCAUCUUCGCUGAACAACAAAAGUGCAUUAAACAAUGUACUUGCUCGACAGUUCCCAUAGAUUGGUGGGUUUGGUUCUUUUUCUAAUUUCAACUCGCUUGCAAAUGCAUCAUUUCAAGCCUAAGCUUGUAUCCGACAACAAUGGAACUACAUGUUAUCCAACUCAGAAACAGUCUACAAGAAAAUAUCAGAAACAUUGGAA